UCCGGUGAAGCAUGGCUUCUGGAUUUUGAAAAGUAGAAGAUUCGUUCUAGUGACUGGUAGUGAAUCUCUCAAAAUCAAAAUGAAGAUUGCAGUGGAGGGUUGUUGCCAUGGUGAACUUGACAAGAUCUAUGAGACCAUCCAGCAUCUUGAAAAGAAAAACAACAUGACAGUUGAUCUGCUUCUUAUAUGUGGUGACUUCCAGGCUGUACGAAAUAGGGCAGACCUUCCCUGUAUGGCUGUUCCACCAAAAUAUCAGAGACUCAACACUUUCUACAAAUACUAUUCUGGAGAGAAGGUGGCCCCAGUCCUGACCAUUUUUAUCGGUGGAAACCACGAAGCAUCCAACUACCUCCAGGAACUGCCAUAUGGGGGAUGGGUGGCACCAAACAUUUACUACAUGGGUUAUGGAGGCAUCGUCCAGGUUGGAGGUAUCAGAAUAGGUGGACUGUCGGGGAUUUAUAAAGGAAAAGACUUUCAAAGAGGUCACUUCGAAAGGCCGCCCUAUAAUGACUCUACAAAGAGAUCUGUGUACCAUGUCCGGAACCUUGAAGUGUUCCGAUUUAAACAGAUUUCUCGUCCCAUUGACAUUUUUCUGUCGCAUGACUGGCCGAGGGGUGUGUAUCACUUUGGGGACGUGAAUGGUCUUGUGCGACAGAAGAGUUUCUUCAAGGAAGAAAUAGAGACAAACACACUGGGCAGUCCACCUGCAGAGGAGCUGCUCCACUUCCUCCAGCCCAGUUACUGGUUCUCAGCUCAUCUACAUGUCAAGUUUGCAGCCCUUGUCCAACACAAGGCAAUGGACGGAGUAGAGAAAACAACCAAGUUCCUUUCACUUGACAAGUGUCUUCCUAAGAGAAAGUUUCUUCAGGUUAUCGAUGUACCACAUGACACCUCUCAAGCAAUGAAAAUCCAUCUGGAUCCUGAGUGGUUGAUGAUUCUCAAGUUAACCAACCACCUGCUGAACCUCAGCCCCUCAACGCGGUACAUGCCAGGACCGGGCAGCAACGACAGGUGGGAUUUCAAGGUAACAGACCAAGAAAUGGAAACAAUUAGAGACAAUUUUGAUGGAAACUUGGCAUUGCCCUACAACUUUGAAGCUACCGUGCCUGUUCACGAAUCAGUGAUGAGUUCCCCCCACAAGUGUCCUGCCAUCGUUGUCAACCCUCAGACCACACUGCUGUGUACCAUGAUGGACCUCACGGACCCAUAUGCUGUGUACCUUGGGAAGGACUCACAGGUCCGGGAGGAGGAGGUCCUGGCAUCCCUAGACCCAGCCGACUUGGAGGAUGAUAUCAAUGAUGACGAAGAUGACGGAACAUGCAGUGACAUCAAUAGUAGCAUUGAUACAUCAUAUAAUGACUCCUUUGGUCUGAACACCACAGAUUUGUCACUGAAUGAAACUGCAGAGCUGGCAUCAGGGAAUCUCUCAAUACUGUCAAACAAUACAGACAUUUCCAUUGAGGAGGAAGAUGAAUUGAGUGAAAUACUUUCUGCUCAAAAGAAAAUGCAAAGUAGCAAUGGACACGAAUCAAGUGUGGAUAGCUCUGUUGAUGGUGAAAAUGAUGAUGAUAAGCUUGGAUCUCAGAAAGUUGCAUGGUGCAGAUCAAAAAGUGAACUGUCUAAAUCAGACACUUCGUUAUCCAAGCUUGAAGUGUCUGGUGUGUUUGAGAUCGAUGCGGAUUCUGCAUCACAGAGUGACUCUAUCAGUUCGUCGGCAGAAGAUGACAGAGACUUGAAUCAGACAGCAGAUGUAUCCAGCAAUCCAGUGAGGGACACGCCUGCUUCCUCAAGAUCAGUCAAACGGACAGAUGUGUCUGAUGUGGAAAUAAGUCCACAAAGUAAAAAACUGAGAAGAAGAAAUCAGAGCAUGUACUCAUCAACAGAGGACGAGGCUGAUUCACAGUGAUUUCUGCUGGUGAUUUUACGCAGGUUGACAACUGUACAGAAUGGACACCUACUGUCACUGGACAUGUUGGAGGUUCAGAUACCUCAGAGAACAAACGCUUACUUUGUAAAACAUUCUUUAUUUCUGAGCAAGUCAAGGUCUUGUUUUAGAAUAUGUCAAGACAAAUCAGUUUUAUAUGGUUUGAUUUGACUUUUGUAUUUUACUUACUCAUGUCAAAUGUUUGCAAACAAACGAGCAUGACCAUGAAAUUAAAUGCGACAUGAGUUAGAUUUAUUACACAGCUAGUGGCCAUGAGACUGGAGAAAAACUUGGUGAAAUGUGAAACAAUCAAUUCAUAAUAAUUACUUUUAAUUUAUCUGAAAGUACUAAGUAUUUUGUGGGUCUCAAUGUAUGUCAUUUUCCAAAUUAUAAAUAAAUCAUAACUUCUUUUCUCACCUAACUGAUGUUCAUGGAGCUUAUUGUAUGGUCUAGUUGUCCAUCAUUAAUGUCUGCAGCAUCUGUAAAUAUCUUCCCCAAAAUCUGUUCAUAAAUAAAUGCAAACUCAUGGCACAUAUGCCUCUAUACCUGUUGAGAGGAAGGUCGGUGGUUUCAUCCCUGUCUGUCUCAUACCAGAUGUUGAAAGAUGGUACUUGUUGUUACCUUGUCUGGCGCUUGGCAUUCAGGGGCUAAAACAAGGACUGGUUGGCUCAGAGUCAGUAUACUGUGUCUGAGUGAGGUAUUCAUGUUAAACUGUGGCAUGGCGUCUCAGUGGGCUAGUACUAUAAAACUGGUAUUAGUCCGGACUAGAACAAGCAGCCACACACACUUGAACACAAUGUUAAACCCAUUUUCACCCCUUUUCUAAUAUUAGGCUGCAAUUUGUUGUGAAGAUUUGCAUCGCUAAGUAGUGUCAGAAUCCAGUGUUUGUGGAUUCUAGUCCCUGAUUCACAUGGCUAAUUACUGUAGUUUGUCAGCAUCAAAGCUGUUCAUUGGUAUCACAGAGGGGUGAAGUCCACAACCUGCAGCUUGUUGGCUCUCACAGGAAGGACACAGGAAGCAACUGUAAUUAGCUUUUGUGUACAAAAUAGUACUUUAUUUCCAUUUGAAAAAGGUAUAUUUUAUCAUCUUAUUUUUUUCCUGUUUAGUCAAACCGAUUGUAAAUAUUGUGAAGGGAACUUGGUGGAUGUGUAUGUACUAGUUGUAAGUACAGUAACUUGAACAUGAGCUCCAUGAAAGAUGUUAUGGUUCAGUAAAAUAUACUUGUUCAAGGUAAGAGCACUUAACAGUGCAGGAUGCUGGUCACCUGAAGGGGAUGCUCCUGACUUUUAUGACACUGUAAAUGUGCCUCCGAUUUUAUCUGUGUUUGUUAUGCAUCUCAGUGUUUUCAAUAUCGGACUAAGCAUGUUGACUGAUGACGAAGUUUAAGUUGUUGAAACUGAUGAUAUUUUCAUAUCUCGCUAUUUUUCGGGAACUAAGUGGGGAUGGUGGUCGUUAAAUCCUGAUAGGCGCAUGUGCAGCUGACGCUAAGAGGUGUAUGCAACACCAUCUGAUUCUAAUACUACAGAGAAAGGUACAGCCUUGUUGACCUUAUCUAGCCCUAUGCAGAAGCACAUUAGUCACUAAGAUGACUGCAAUUAUUACUUUUUAUCCAUUCAUUUUUAUUUCCUUUUAAAAUUUAUCAAAUUUGUUGCAUGGUUUGAUAUAUUUCAAUGUAUAAUGAACAUUCUGUUGUAUUUUAGAUACCACCAACUUGUCUUAAGCCAUGUUAAGUAUAUUAGUAGUCAAAGAGAUACUACUACCCUGGUCAGUUUUUGACAUCACUUUGUUUCUAAUUUAAGUGUCAGACAUUAAAGUAUGGAUGUUGA